AAUAAUGACUUAUUUUCAAGCUUAAAACAUAAUGGACUUAUAAAAAGAAUUUUUAAUUUUUUUUUUAGAGUUUGAUAAAUCUUAUCGAAAUCUAUCAAACAAGAUUCAUAUUGCAUAUUUUUUAAUUUCAAUAUGCCUACUAUUUUUAAGUUUGAAAAUUGCAAAUAAGUACUUAUUUUCUAGGGACCAAAAGCGGAACGGGGUUAGUUCUUAAUUUUUUUAGAUAAAAGCUAAAUAAAAUUAGUAGACAUUAAUAAGUGAGAAUGUUUUUAUAAGAAACUGGGUGAAGCCUCAGGGUUGUGUUUUACUAGUAUAACUUAUCAAAAGAAAUGGAAAAUAAUAGUAGAAAAUUAUACAAAUUCCCAUUUUCCAUCGAUUUACAGACGCUGUAGCAGCCACCGCCGACUUCUCCAGUUCUCCUCCGCCGCUCUCCACCACCUCAUGGCGUUUCGAGGACGGGGGCGUGGUCGUGGCGGCGGCUUCCGUUUUGCUACGCAAGAGAAGUUCGAACUCUUUCCGAAACUUGAUGAACCCCCUGAUGCUCGAGGUGUGAAAGAAGAAGUUGCCUUAGUCCGUUGGAGUUAUAGAUUGCAAAGUUUUUGGAAUUCCUCUCCUUAUUAUCUCAAAGUUGUUGGCCCAGAAAAAGAUGAAAGCAUAGAAUUAAUGAGGUGCUUUGACAUGGGCAAGCAAAAGACUGAACAGAAGGUUGAACUUGCAGACUUCAUGAAGUGUAGUGUCGAAUAUAUUCCUGCAGAACUAGCUGCGGAACUAACUGACAGAAAACCAGGGCAGGUCCGCCGAAGGAAAGUGCGAUGGACUCAAGAGUCAGACCUUCAGAAAUUAGAUCUUUUUGAGAAGCAAGAACAAAAGUCUCAGGGCCAAGAUGAGAAAGCUGUAAAAGGAAAAAAAGAGGAUGAAAAUGAGGAAGAAGAUGACGAAAAAAUUGAAGAUGAGGAAGAAGAGAUCAGCGACGGUGAUUAUAAUCAGAAUGAGGAUUUUGAUGACGAUGAAGAUGACUUUAACAUGGAUGAUGACAAUGAUGAUGAAGGCACAUAUUGAAACACCAAGAUGGGUAUGAGGAAGCAAAGUUUUCGGGACUAUCUUCUGUGAGCUUACCGCAGGUUAUUGUCCUUGGUAAAUAGCAAUCCUUAAGAUCAAAAGACUGCUUUGUUAGUGGUUUUGCUGAUUCGGCUUAUAGCAUCAAGUGUCUCUUAUUAGAAAGUAGGAAAAGUUAUCCUAAUAGGGUAAAGUUGCACGGUACCAAUAGUGCUGGCAUUAUAGGCUAUAAUUUAAUUUCUCUUUUUAUGGGAUAUCCUUUUGAAUAAUUCUGUACGAGAAAUCAUUAGAAGAUUCCCCCUUCCUCCGUCUUUCCUCGUUUUUAUUCAACUCAAAGCAUCAGAUUGAAAAUAACAAGAGAGAUUGUAACGA